GAGGCGGGGGCCAUGGGGGCAAGUUCUCGAUGGAGGAGCUGUACGGCCUCAACAACAACAAGAAGCCCAAGUGCUCGGGGCCGCCGGUCAAACUGGCCAAGGGGCGGGGGGCCGGGGCCAGUGACGAUGCCCCCCUCUCCGCUGAGACCCGCUCCACUCUGGACUUGCUGUACCUGGAGUCCUUCCUCCGCCAAUCCCACCUCACCCUCGACGACACUGUGGCAACGCAGACCGGCAUGGUCUACAGGAACCUCGGAAAAUCCGGCCUCCGUGUCUCCUGUCUGGGAAUCGGAAGUUGGACAACGUUCGGCUCCCAGGUCCCGGAGAAGGUCAGCGAGGAGAUCCUGACCUUGGCCUACGACAGCGGCGUCAACUUCUUCGACACCUCCGAGAACCUCGCUUCCGGCAAGGCUGAAGCUACGCUGGGAAAUAUUAUAAAGAAGAAAGGUUGGAGGAGAUCCAGUUUCAUCGUGUCCACCAAGCUCUACUGGGGCGGGCAGGCCGAGACGGAGAGAGGACUUUCCCGCAAGCACAUCAUCGAAGGCCUGAGGGGCUGCCUCCAGCGACUACAACUACAGUAUGUGGACAUUGUGUUUGUGAACAGGCCUGACGUGAACACGGCCAUGGAUGGUCACUUUGCUCCACAAUCCAGAAUCUUCUCCGUGGAAGAGAUUGUACGAGCCACGACGUUCCUGAUCAACCAGGGGGAGGCGAUGUACUGGGGGACUACACGGUGGAGCCCGGUGGAGAUCAUGGAAGCCUACUCGGUUGCCCGGCAGUUCAACCUAAUUGGGCCCACGUGCGAACAGUCCGAGUAUCACCUCUUCCAGAGGCUCAAGAUGGAGGCUCAGCUACCCGAGCUGUACCACAAGAUCGGUCUGGGCUCAGUGACGUGUUCCCCACUAGCCUGCGGCUUCAUCACGGGGAAGUACGAGGAAUGCAUUCCGAAACAUUCCAGCGCCUCGCUGCAGGGCUGCGAGUGGCUGCAGGACGAGGAGGUCCAAUCACAGCAGGCCAGGCUCAAGCAGCUGCAGCCAAUCGCCGAGCAGCUGACCUGCUCCCUCGCCCAGCUGGCCAUUGCCUGGUGUUUGAGGAACGAGUCCAUCAGCUGUGUUCUUCUCGGAGUGUCGGACGCGACUCAGCUACGUGAGAAUCUGGGCGCGAUCCAGGUCCUCCAGCAGUUGACUCCAGAGAUUAUCGGUCAGAUGGACGACAUUUUGGGAAACAGGCCUUUGGGACGGAGAGAUUCCAGGAUCUAGGGAGGGAGCGAAGCCAAGGUGUUUCCUCUGUCCCCUCUUCCCCACCAUUACUCUUCCCUCAACGCCACGCUUUCCGCCAACUCUCUCCCUCCCCAAACCCCCUCCUAGAUUUAUUAUUCCCCCCUUCAUGGCAGGGACUAUCCCAAGAGGCAGGUAUCAGGUUUAAGAAACAGUUGGACAGGUACAUGGAUAGGACGGGUUUGGGCCAAACGCAGGCAGGUGGGACUAGUGUA